UAUGCGCAUGCGCAAAAUCUCGAACGACCAUUUCUUUCGGAAUGAUUGUUUCUUUCCUUUUCCGUUCUUCGACUCAUUAAGCUGAAAGAUGGUGCAGCGACUAACCUACAGGCGAAGGCUCUCCUAUAAUACAAAAAGUAAUAGGAGACGAGUAGUUCGUACUCCUGGAGGUAAACUUGUUUAUCAGUAUCUUAAAAAACCCAAGAAGAUUCCCAGAUGUGGUCAGUGCAAGGAUAAGCUUAGAGGUAUCCAACCUGCUAGGCCGAUGGAACGUUCUCGCAUGUGCCGCAGGAAAAAGACUGUUAAGCGAGUCUAUGGUGGAGUGAUGUGUCAUAAGUGCGUUAAAGAAAGGAUCGUUCGAGCAUUCUUAAUUGAAGAACAGAAGAUUGUAAUAAAGGUAAUGAGAGCUCAGCAGUCUUCUGCCAAAACGAAAAAAACGGAAAAGUAAUUUACAAAUAUCUUACGUGUAAAACUUAAAAAUAAAAAAAAG